AUGCCAGGCCAGACUGUACAGGUCGUGUUUCAGGUCUACGGCCUGCCCCCUGGUGUGAAGGCCGCGAUGAGAGCGGAUAGCCGGGUUAAACUCGGAGUUCUGGGUUCAAUCACCGAACUUGGUUCAUCGAACAUCCCUCAGACGCUGACUGCCGGGCCGUCGGAGACAGAGCAGAACGUGACAAAUCUGAACUUCUUCAACGGCACUAUGGUCCGAUGGGGUCUUAAACACUCUCAGUUCAUCUCCCGCACAUGCCGAGCAGACAUUCGCACUCGAUACCAGUGUCAGCCAGGAGAGGUGUUGGCUGUGGCAGGUUCUGAGGCCCGUCUCGGGUCCUGGGAGCCAAAGAACGCCAUCCGCGCCAGAGAGAAGCCGUAUAAGUCCGGGUGCUGGAUUGCUCACACUGUUCUGGACUGUUCUGUCAACUACCACUGGAAGUGGGUGGUUCUGGACGCGGAGACUGGAGCCGUCAGACGCUGGGAGGAGCGCCGGAACCGUCAUCCGAAGACUAACUGUGAGCGGCUGGUGGUGGACGCCAGGUGGAACUGCGAGUCCCUCAUCCAACACCGUGUCCCUGUUUCCAUGUACAGAGACGUCGACAUGACCAAAGUGAACAUCGCCAACUACAGCCAGAUGACCUGCAAUGCGCCUCAGGAUGUAGCAACCAAAUGGAUCGCAAAUGCUAAUGUCGAAAACAAGUAUUUUGCAGUUACCGAGAUGGAAGAAGCAGCCAUGGCCAACCCGGCUCCAGUAUUACCUUCAUCCCACGAAACAAAGAAAACAACAUGGCGCUCACUGUCCCGCCAACUUCCGGCGCUGGUGCCCUUCUUGUGGUUUGUGAUGAUUGGGGCAACUGAGUGGGCUGCCCACAUGAUAUAG